GCGGCAUUAGAUUGCAAUCAAUCGAGAAAACAACCAGCUGUGAACCCCACUACGUACUACCCUUACUAUAAGCCAUCCCUUGUGAGGCAUUGUGCCCCAUUCUCCUCCGACUAACCUAAACGGCCCCUCGUGAUAAUAAUAACAAGAAUAAUCCCACCAGAACUUACUCCAGAUUUUGUCGGAGCCGCCUUUGCCUUCAUUGGUCUUUCUCGCUCUUCUCUACCUUCAAUCCCAUCUAUUCUACCCCGCAUAGACUCUUCCUGUCCAAACUGCCGGAGGGGUCUCAAGCCGCUUUCGCACUCGGCUCCUCCUUUCCCUCCCCCGCGCUCCUUCUCCCCUCUUUGCUUCUCUCACCCCCUCCAUCCUCACUGCCGCCCCGAAUGACACAACAGAAAACCAUUGCCGUCGUCAACGCGACGGGUCGCCAGGCCGCCUCUCUUAUCCGAGUCGCCUCCGCCGUCGGCCACCAUGUACGAGCUCAGAUUCAUUCGCUGAAAGGGAUCAUCGCGGAGGAGCUGGAGAGUCUGCCGAACGUCACCCUGUUCCAGGGCCCUUUGCUCGACAAUGUGCCCCUGAUGGACGCGCUCUUUCAAGGAGCCAACCUGGCCUUCAUUAACACAACAUCACAAUCGGGCGAUGAAGUCGCAAUCGGGCGUGCGCUCGCCGAUGCCGCCAAGCGGGCUGGUACCAUUCAACACUACGUCUACAGCAGCAUGCCGGACCACUCAGUCCAUGGGCCAUGGCCUCCAGUGCCUCUGUGGGCGCCGAAGUUCACGGUCGAGAACUACAUUCGACAAUUAGGGCUCCCCGCAACCUUUGUCUACGCCGGAAUCUAUAACAACAACUUCACCAGUCUACCAUACCCUCUUUUCCAGAUGGAACUCAUGCCCGACGGAAGCUUCGAAUGGCAUGCUCCGUUCGACCCGGAUACCCCGUUGCCAUGGUUAGAUGCGGAGCAUGAUGUUGGUCCUGCUCUGCUGCAGAUUUUCAAGGAUGGCCCCAAGAAAUGGCACGGUCACCGGAUUGCCCUGACGUUUGAGACCCUUUCCCCCAAUCAAGUGUGCGCGGCGUUCUCGCGCGCCUUAAAUCGCCCGUGCCACUACGUUCAUGUGCCCAAGGUCGAGAUCAAAGUUGGCAUACCGUCUGGAUACCGAGAACAGCUGGAGGCGAUUGAGGAGGUUUUUGGACGGUGCAACGCGCCUUACUUCCCGCAGCCCGAAUUCUCCCGUCCUGCAGCAGGGUCCCCCAAGGGCUUGGGCCCGGCCAAUGGCAAAGGUGCCGGCGCCGGCAUGAUGCAGGGUCCCGGAGGGGUCAUAUCGCAGAGAGUCACCGACGAGGCUCGGCAUCUGUGGGAGGGCUGGCGAGAUAUGGAAGAAUAUGCGCGUGAGGUCUUUCCGGUCGAAGAAGAGGCCAACGGGUUGGACUGGAUGCUGUAGCCGGAAGAUUCUCGGCCAUUUUACUCUCCAAACCGAUUUGGGUCAAGUCGCACGGAUUCUGCAACUUUCUGACGCUAUCGGCGUAUGGCACGCUUGGUCCGAUGUAGGCCGCAUGCCCCUUUCUCACUCCUCUCCUCCUUCUGUCUUACUCAUUCAUCUACCACCCCUUGUC